AUGUUUUAUCCACUUCAUUCCUGUGUACCCUUAGCCGUGCAAUCUGCAUGUGAACUGCUGAGUAGUCACGGAUUUCGCGAGCUGAAAGAACACGAACCGUGGAAGUUGCGACCUUCGGAUUGUGUUUUCAUCCGCAAGAAUGGCACAACCGUGAUAGCGGCUGCAGUGGGAGGCAAGUUCAAGCUGGGCAAUCCAUUUCACAUUAUCGGUGCUCAUACGGACAGUCCGUGUCUACGACUUAAACCGUUCUCAGAACGGGUGAAAGAAGGCUAUGUUCAAUUGGGUGUAGAGACCUACGGUGGUGGGUUGUGGUACACAUGGUUCGAUCGGGACCUAAAGCUUGCCGGUCGUGCGGUCACGGCCAAUAGCUCCGGACGGUUGGAAGAGCGUCUAGUGCACUUGGACCGGCCUAUCGCGUGUGUUCCAAGUCUGGCCAUUCACUUGAAUCAAGAAGUCAAAGUGCAGGGCUUCCAGCCCAAUACCGAACAGCACGUGGCUCCAAUCCUGUGCACAUGUUUAAUGGAUCAAGUAAGUUUCUCUGAAGCAUUGAAUACACUUGAAGCUGUUAGUAUAUGCUUUAUAUAUGCGCCUCGUUUCUUUCCGUCAUGCCACUUGUCACAGCACUUGAUGCCUCCUCCUGGCAGCAGUUCUAAGUGGAGUCGGUUUCGUCGAUCUGGGUCAGUCCAGAAUGCUGAUGCAUCAGACUGUGCUCAACCAUGUGCAUCAACAUCCGCGGCGAAUUCAGAUGGUAGCUGUUCAGUCACACUGGGGAAACGGCGUCAUCCAAUCGGGUUACUUCGCUUAAUCGCGCAAGAUCUAGGUGUUACAGAACACGAUCUCUUGGAACUGGAGCUCUAUUUUUCGGACUGUCAACCUGCUCGUAUUGGUGGACUCCACAAUGAAUUUAUUCACGCCCCGCGAUUAGACAAUCUGUUCAAUUCGUACACUAGUUUAUGUGGACUCGUUGGUUCAAUGUCAAGUUUGAAUGAGGACAGCACGUUGCGUCUGGUUUGCCUGUACGAUCACGAAGAGAUCGGAUCUACUUCGACUCAGGGAGCGAACUCCGUACACACAAUAAACAUACUUCGGCGCCUGACUGAGGCUCUGGCACCCACUUGUGCUUUCGAGGCCGCGAACCCACCCGCUGCAAGCAACCCCACGGAAUCGGAACCUGAGUCUUCUAACAAUGUACCGUCUGCACCAGUGCCCUACAGUCAUUUGGAGGAGUCGCUUAGCAAAUCGUUCUUGUUGUCUGCAGAUCAGGCACAUGCAGUACAUCCGUCUUACCACGAACGUCAUGAACAAAAUCAUAAGGCACAACUGCAUUGCGGCCUAAUUUUGAAAUAUAAUAGUGCACAGAGAUAUGCCACAAACGCGCUCACUGCCGCUGCUGUGCGACAGAUCGCCCAACAUGCUUCUGUACCUAUUCAGGAGUUCACUCCACGACAGGAUAUGCAUUGUGGCAGCACCAUCGGUCCACUUUUAUCAUCCCAUCUGGGCGUACCAACAGCUGAUGUGGGCUUCCCUCAACUAGCCAUGCAUUCGUGUCGUGAGCUAUGCUGUACAACUAGCGUAAGCCAAGCGAUACGCUUCUACUCAGCCUUCUACGAACAGUUGUCUAAAUUGUGGCCACCUGAACGUGCUUGA